CGGCGGCCAUGGAGCUGCAGAAGGGGAAGGGGGGAGCGGCAGGAGGAGGAGGAGGAGGAGGGAAGUUGCUGGUCUCCACUCUUCUGGAUGCCAAGGAUGAGUUGGAGGAGAGGCUGGAGAGGUGCGUGGGCAUCGUCACGUCGCUGACCAGCGGGCUGUCGGAGCGGGAGGCCAACGACGCCCUCAACGCCCACAUUUGCAAAGGCACCCCCCAGCACGAGGAGAUUUGCCUGGGUCUUUUCACGCUGGUCUUGACCGAACCUGCUCAGGCGCAGAAGUGCUACCGGGACUUGGCGCUGGUGAGCCGGGACGGCAUGAACAUCGUUCUCAACAAGAUCAACCAGAUCCUCAUGGAGAAGUACCUGAAGCUGCAGGACACGUGUCGGACCCAGCUGGUGUGGCUGCUGCGGGAGCUGGUGAAGAGCGGCGUGCUUGGCGCGGACGGCGUCUGCAUGACCUUCAUGAAGCAGAUCGCAGGCGGGGACGUCACCGCCAAGAACAUCUGGCUGGCCGAGAACGUCCUGGAGAUCCUGACGGAGCAAAGAGAGUGGGUGCUGAAAAGCAGCAUCUUGAUAGCGAUGGCGGUGUACACGUACCUGCGGCUCAUCGUGGACCACCACGGAACCUCUCAGCUCCAGGUGCUCCGCCAGAAGGAGGUGGAUUUCUGCAUCUCCCUCCUCCGCGAACGGUUCAUGGACUGCUUCAUGGUCGGCCGUGACCUCGUGCGGCUCCUGCAGAACGUCGCAAGGAUACCGGAGUUUGAGCAGCUCUGGAAGGACAUCAUCCACAACCCGCAGGUCCUCAGCGCGCAGUUCACAGGUGUCCUCCAGCUCCUCCAGUCGAGGACUUCGCGCAAAUUCCUGGCAUGUCGCCUCACUCCCGACAUGGAGACCAAGCUGCUCUUCAUGACCUCGCGGGUGCGGUUCGGCCAGCAGAAGCGGUACCAGGACUGGUUUCAGCGGCAGUACCUGUCCACCCCCGACAGCCAGUCCCUGCGCUGCGACCUCAUACGCUACAUCUGUGGCGUGGUCCACCCCUCCAACGAGGUGCUCAGCUCCGACAUCCUCCCGCGCUGGGCCAUCAUCGGGUGGCUGCUCACCACCUGCACGUCCAACGUUGCUGCUUCGAAUGCCAAGCUGGCCCUGUUCUAUGACUGGCUCUUCUUCAACCCCGAGAAGGACAGCAUCAUGAAUAUAGAGCCUGCCAUUCUCGUGAUGCACCACUCCAUGAAGCCUCACCCUGCCAUCACCGCCACGCUGCUGGAUUUCAUGUGCCGGAUCAUUCCCAACUUCUACCCCCCGCUGGAGGCUCACGUGCGGCAAGGCGUGUUCAACUCCCUCACCCACAUCGUGGAGAAGCGAGUCCUGGCCCACUUGGCCCCUCUCUUCGACAACCCCAAGCUGGACAAGGAGCUGCGAGCCAUGCUGAGGGAGAAAUUCCCGGAGUUCUGCAGUUCGCCCUCGCCCCCCAUUGAAGUCAAAAUUGAGGAACCCGUUUCCAUGGAGAUGGACAAUCACAUGUCAGACAAAGAUGACAGUUGCUAUGACAACGCCGAGGCCGCCUUUAGUGACGACGAAGAAGACUUGAACAGUAAAGGGAAGAAGAGGGAGUUCAGGUUUCAUCCAAUCAAAGAAACCAUUGUGGAGGAGCCCGUCGAUAUCACGCCGUUCCUGGACCAGCUGGAUGAGUCACUGAAGGAUAAGGUUCUGCAGCUGCAGAAGGGAAGACAACCUCGGGCACUUUUCGAUACGGAAGCUCAGUGUGAGGUCAUGCAGGAAAUCGUGGAUCAAGUCCUGGAGGAGGACUUUGACUCCGAGCAGUUAUCGGUGCUCGCAUCCUGCCUCCAGGAGCUAUUUAAGGCUCACUUCCGUGGUGAGGUUUUGCCAGAAGAAAUCACAGAGGAGUCUCUGGAGGAAUCGGUGGGGAAGCCGCUCUACCUAAUAUUUAGGAACCUCUGCCAGAUGCAGGAAGAUAACAGCGGCUUCUCGCUGCUGCUGGAUCUGCUGUCAGAGCUCUAUCAGAAGCAGCCCAAGAUCGGCUACCACCUCCUGUACUAUUUAAAAGCCAGCAAAGCUGCGGCAGGGAAGAUGAACCUGUACGAGUCCUUCGCUCAGGCCACGCAGCUGGGGGACCUGCACACGUGUCUGAUGAUGGACAUGAAGGCCUGCCAGGAGGACGACGUGCGGCUGCUCUGCUACCUCACCCCCUCCAUCUACACAGAGUUCCCAGACGAGACCCUGCGAAGCGGCGAGCUGCUCAACAUGAUCGUGGCCGUCAUAGACUCGGCGCAGUUGCAGGAGCUGGUGUGCCACGUGAUGAUGGGGAACCUCGUCAUGUUUCGGAAGGACUCGGUGCUGAACAUCCUCAUUCAAAGCCUGGACUGGGAGACCUUCGAGCAGUACUGCACCUGGCAGCUCUUCCUGGCACACAGCAUCCCCCUGGAGACCAUCAUCCCCAUCCUGCAGCACCUCAAGUACAAAGAGCACCCCGAGGCGUUGUCCUGCCUGCUGCUGCAGCUGAGGCGAGAGAAGCCCAGCGAGGAGAUGGUGAAGAUGGUGCUGAGCCGGCCGUGCCACCCCGACGACCAGUUCACCACGAGCAUCCUGCGGCACUGGUGCAUCAAACACGACGACCUCCUGGCCGAGCACAUCAAGUCGCUGCUCAUCAAGAACAACAGCCUGCCGCGAAAACGCCAAAGCCUGCGCAGCUCCAGCAGCAAACUGGCCCAGCUCACCCUGGAGCAGAUCCUGGAGCACCUGGACAACCUCCGCCUCAACCUGACCAACACCAAACAGAACUUUUUCAGCCAAACGCCCAUCCUGCAGGCCCUGCAGCACGUCCAGGCCAGCUGCGACGAAGCCCACAAGAUGAAGUUCAGCGACCUCUUCUCCCUGGCCGAGGAGUAUGAAGACUCCUCCACCAAACCCCCAAAGAGCCGCCGAAAAGCCACCCUCUCCAGCCCCCGGAGCCGCAAGAACGCGGCCCAGCCGGCCAACAACGAGGAGGAAUCGGCUUCCAGCAGCGCCUCGGAGGAAGAAGACACCAAGCCCAAACCCACCAAACGGAAAAGAAAAGGCUCCUCGGCCGUGGGCUCGGACAGUGACUGAGGGCACAGCCCCGCCGCCGCCUCCCACGGCCGCUCUCGGACAAAAAGCCAUCGCCAGGACGGAAACGAGAGCACGCGGCCCCUCGCCCGCUCUCUCCGCAUCCCCUCCGCCAGCCUCGGAGCCCCUGGGCACGGCCGCCCC